UUCCCUUCUUUCAUUUCAAAACCAAUUGAUUUAAUUUAAUUUUUUUUUGUUCUAAUUUUGAACAGAUAUUCAUGAAGAAGCUACUGACCUUCAUUCUAUUAGGAUUGGUGUUUGUGAGCACAGCAGAGCAAAUCCCAUAUUCGGCAAUAAACUGCCGCAAGCACGUUGCACAUUUGACAGAUUUCGGAGGCAAAGGCGAUGGAGUCACAUCAAACACGGCCGCGUUUAAGGCGGCCGUUGCUAACCUGAGCCAAGUUGCAUCUGAUGGCGGGGCGCUGCUGGUCGUCCCGCCCGGGAAAUGGCUGACCGGAUCGUUCGGUCUGGCUAGCCAUUUCACUUUGUAUGUACACCAAAAGGCUGUUAUUCUUGGAUCGCAGGAAGAGUCGGAUUAUCCUCUGAUCGAUUCGUUGCCGUCGUAUGGAAGCGGAAGAGAAGCUCCAGGGAAAAGGUUCUCCAGUCUAAUUGUUGGCACCAAUCUUACCGAUGUCGUAAUAACAGGAGGGAAUGGAACGAUCGACGGUCAGGGCGAAAUCUGGUGGAAGAAAUUCAAGGCGAAACAGCUGAAGAACACAAGACCAUACAUGAUCGAGAUCCUCCACUCCACCAACCUCCAAAUCUCCGACCUGACCCUGACCAACUCCCCCUCGUGGCACGUCCACCCCACCUACUGCACCAACGUCAUCAUCGAGCGCCUCACCAUCCUCGCCCCCGUCACCGUCCCCAACACCGACGGCAUCGACCCCGACUCCUGCACCGACACCCGCAUCCGCGACUCCUACGUCGUCUCCGGCGACGACUGCAUCGCCGUCAAGAGCGGCUGGGACCAGUACGGCAUCUCCUACGCCGUCCCCACCCAGCGCCUCUCCAUCCGCUCCUUCACCUGCAUCUCCCCCGACAGCGCCGUCAUCGCCCUCGGCAGCGAGAUGUCCGGCGGCAUCCGCGACCUCCGCGCCGAGGACAUCCACGCCCUCAACUCCCAGUCCGGCAUCCGGAUCAAGACCGGAGUCGGGAGGGGUGGCUAUGUCAAAGACAUCUACGUCAGAAACGUAGAAAUGGAGAAUAUGGAGUACUUUUUCUGGAUGAACGGCGACUACGGCUCCCACCCGGAUCCGGGGUGGGACCCGAAGGCGCUGCCCGUGAUCACUAAUAUUAACUAUAGGGAUAUGAAGGGGAAGAAUGUGACGGUUGUGGGGGGUUUGGCGGGGAUAAAGGGGGAUGAUUUUACGAGUAUUUGUAUAUCGAAUGUGACGAUGGAGUUGGCCACGGAGAACAAGGAGAAGAAGGAGCCGUGGAAGUGCGAGGACGUUGGAGGGGUGUCGAGUAAUGUGACGCCCAAGGCUUGUCCGCAGCUGGCAGAGAAGGCGGUGGACUGCCCCUUCCCAACUGAUACUUUGGAUAUUGAUAAAGUGGAGCUCAACAAAUGCUUUGUUGAUGUUUAGCUUGUUUUGCUUUGGUUUUCAAUUUUUUUUAUCAUCUGUCUCAUGUUUUUUACUUCACGUGACUUAAGUUUUAAGUGUAUUGUCUGAGUUCACAGAUUUACCUUGAUCAUUUUGAAUUAGCAAUCGCUGAGACAAAAAAAUAUUGUUCAAAACUAUGAUUAAACAUA